UUGGUUCGCACAGGUUGUUUUCACUGUGUGCGAUAUAUCCGAAUAGCGCAGUGAAAUUCAAAUAGGCCGACCACCAAAUCUCAUCCACGGGAAUCUGGCGCAAAAGCUGCCCCUGUAUGUUUUCGUACCGGCAGAAAAUAGUUACCGUUUGUAAUAAUAUUGUGGGAAUCGAAUAUAACUAUGCGCGGUUGACUGAGUCCUUGUUGUGUCCGGGAUAUGGCCAGUACCCGGUGUUGCACGCAUGGCAAUAUUUUGACCAUCUGCUACUUUGUGAGUGGCUUUCUCUCUCCGCCCGCUUUGUCUGACUCUGCGCCAUAAAUCGCGCUAGCCAUCGGAUCAAAGCAAAGGCGCAGCCAAGCCUAGUUCGAAGUUCGCAUCAGCGCAGCCAGUGGCUUGGAUUACUUUCUCCAGCACGACUGCGAGCGACUGACUGGCAGAGGAAAACUGUUGAAUGCACGUAUGCUGUGUGUACAUAUCGUCCUUGUGUAGAAGCGGGCCAUUUUCUGAUCAGCAUUGUGAAUUUGUGACUGACCGAUAUUUAAAUUUAUCAAUUUUAUUCCAUCUCGCCAUGUUGGAACUGAACUGACCGAUUUUAUUCCAACCAUUAAGCGUCGUUUUUAUCCGUUAUGGUCGUUCCAAAUUGAUGUUUUUACACACCGCCACGAUGACCUAAUCGUAAACGCGGAAUUGUGAUCAGUUUUAAAAGCUUGUAGCUUCCUCGUGUGGCUGUCCUCCAGCUGCAACAACCACCUGUCGAAGAUGCGAAAAACACGGACAAUGUGGGCCAUCCAGUGGAUCGCCGUGUUGUUUGUGGGAUUUUACGGUGCAUCUGGGCAGAUGCUCAAUCAAGCAACAGGUGCCUUGUUAUCGUGCGAUGCCAAUCCGUGCAAGAAUGGCGGGGCAUGUGUGACGGAUGUGAGAAAUGGGAGUAAAUACUGCCAAUGCCCGGAGAGCCACGUAGGUCAAUAUUGUCAGCACGUGAAUCCUUGUUACACCGGAAGGGCCACCACGCGGCGCUGCUUCAACGGGGGAAACUGCACGGUGGAAUUUCCCGGGACUUCUUAUCUAUCGACGGCAGUCAACCCGCGCUUCCGCUGCCAGUGCCCGAUCGGUUUCUCGGCAUCCCUCUGCGAGAUUCCCAUUCAGAACGUGUGCGAUGCGGCGCCCUGUGAGAAUGGCGGAACAUGUAAUCUGCUGUCAUUGUCCAGUUAUACAUGCGAAUGCCGGCAUGGAUAUCGGGGACCGAAUUGCAAUAAGGAGGAUUACUGCGCCUCGUACCCCUGCUCUAACGGCGGCACCUGUAAAUCCCUGGAUGAUGGCUUCCAGUGCCAGUGUCGGAAGGGUUAUAAAGGUGUAAAAUGUGAAGAGGAUAUUAACGAGUGCGCCGGCAUCAGUCCCUGCCAACAGGGAGCAGCGUGUGUUAACACCUACGGGAGUUACCGAUGCAACUGUCCGAGAGGAUACACCGGCCAGGACUGCGACCAGGUAUUUGUGGCGUGCCGGCCCAGUCCCUGUAAGAACGGAGGCCGGUGCUAUGUGGAUCAGUUGGAUCGGUACAACAUGCGCUGUGAAUGUCCAACGGGCUUUACUGGAAAGUACUGCGAGGUGAAUAUCGACGAUUGUGUGUCAAAUCAGUGCCGGAAUGGAGGCAAAUGUAUCGACGGAGUGAACAGCUACACCUGCCAGUGUCCCCCACAGUUCACCGGCUUCUACUGCGAGUCAGACGUGGACGAGUGCCAGCAGAUCCCGACGCCGUGCAAGAACGGCGCGACGUGUGUGAAUCGGCACGGUGGCUACUCGUGCAUCUGCGUCAACGGCUUCCAGGGCGACAACUGCGAGUCCAACAUCAACGACUGCUCGCCUACCGUGUGCCUGAACGGCGGCACAUGUCAUGACCGUAUCAGCUCGUACUACUGCGAGUGCCCGGUGGGGAAGACGGGCUUGCUUUGUCAUCUGGAUGAUGCGUGCGUACCUAAUCCGUGUCACGGGGCGGCCGAGUGCACCACCAAUAUCGUCGAUGGAACUUACGAGUGCUCGUGCCCCCGGGGGUUCAAUGGGACGAACUGUAAUCAAGAUAUUGAUGAAUGCUCCAUGGCGGACAACAUUUGCGAGCACAAAGGUAAAUGCCGCAACACACUGGGCUCUUUCGUUUGUGACUGUGCCAAAGGUUACACUGGUUCCCGCUGCGAGGAAAACAUCAACGAAUGUGCUGGGAAUCCCUGUCAAAAUGAUGGAACAUGUUUGGAUAAAAUCGGCGAAUACAAAUGUGCUUGUAUGCCCGGCUUCAAGGGUGUCAACUGUGAAAUCGAAAUCAACGAGUGUAAAAGCAGCCCGUGUUUAAACGGAGGAAUCUGCCGGGAUUCCGUUAACGGUUACAAGUGCACAUGUCCGAUCGGAUUUGCCGGUCAAAACUGCCAGAUUAAAAAGACCAACUGCAACGAAUCGCCAUGCCGCAACGGUGGCACGUGCCUGCCCUCCGGUCUCGUUCGCUGCCGCUGUCCAGCGGGUUUCGCUGGCGAUUAUUGCGAAGAGAACGUGAACGACUGCGCAUCGCAGCCCUGCGUGCACGGAACCUGCAUCGACGGCGUGAACAACUUCACGUGCAGUUGCAAAGCCGGUUACACGGGUCCGCGUUGUCAGGACCGCGUGAGCGACUGCGCCAAUGCGCCCUGCUUGAACAGUGGACAGUGUGAGGAUCGCGUGGGAACAUUCGUCUGCCGCUGUCCACUCGGAUUCACCGGCGAGCGGUGUGAACAGCGCUCGUGGGCGACUGAUCCAGCCGCAUCGGCGUGUCGCCCGAAUCCCUGUAAGAAUAACGGGGAAUGUCUGAUCGAUCCCAAUACGUACCGGCCUGGUGAGUUUCGCUGUCAGUGUCCGGAAGGAUUUUCGGGACGCGUAUGCGAAAACAUCCAACCAAAAGUGCCGGAGUUUAAAUGUCCCAGAGCAGAUUGUGCCGCCAAACGGCAGAAUGGAAAAUGUGAUGAGGAAUGCAAUAACAUUGACUGCGAAUACGAUGGCCAAGAGUGUUCAUUACGUCUUAACCCGUGGCUGAACUGUACACUGAAAACUCGGGCGCCUUGUUGGAACUAUUUCCGGAAUGGACGCUGUGACCAGGAAUGUAACAUUCCUGAGUGUAUGUUCGACGGCUUUGAUUGCGGUGCACCACUGGGUGUCUGCGACCCGGUGUACGAUGCGUAUUGCUCAAAGAAUUACGGCAACGGCCAGUGCGAUGAAGGCUGCAAUACAGAGGCGUGCGAUUACGAUGGACUGGACUGUGACAAAGAUCCACCGAAGCCGGUGGAGGGCAUUUUAAUCGUUAUCGUCAAAACAUCCAUUGAUUCCUUCCGGAAUAAUUCGCCGGCCUUCUUGAGAAAAUUGGGACGGGCGUUGCGGAGCAUCGCCAGUAUAAAGAAGGAUGAACAAGGAAAUGAUCAGAUUAUGCCGUGGAGUCUCAACGGAGGCAUUGCCAUCAACCCCGAGCAAACUACUGCUGGAGGAGUGGGCACGGCGGUGUACAUCCAACUGGAUAACCGCAAAUGCACCAACGACUGCAUGCCCAACGCGGACGCCGCUGCGGCCUUUCUAGCCGCCGCUGAGCAGCGCGGCGAACUGAACCUGGGCCUGCCUGUCUACUCGGUCCAGUCGCAAGCCGACCGCAUGGUCACCGAGCCCCCGGGAGUCAACCAGAACCUGUACUGGCUGCUGCUGAUCUUCGUCAUCGCCAUCGUCUUUGGCGGCUACUGCGUGGUCACCCACCACAACCAGCGCAAGCGUGUGCGUGCAGCCACGUGGUUUCCGGAAGGACUUUUUGACAACAAAACCGGCUCCACCGCCGUGCUGAAUGAACACCUUACCUUGCCCAAGUCGCAGGCGGAUCUGAAAAAGUCCCCGCAACAGGGCUUUCACUUUUCCGACGCCUCCACCGUCAAUUCGUACUGUGAAGAAGCGGAGCCGGUGCACAAUAAGCGGCGGAAAGGGAACGAUGAUCUACAGCAGCGGUCCUGGACGCACAGCGGGUUUGAUGGCGGUGAGUUGAAGGGACGCAGCGAUGUUUACGCGCUGACACCGCCGAUGCAGUACGGUGAAGACGGCGGAUGUGGAGUGGAUGCCAAUGCCAAGGGACCCGGUGGUUUGACGCCCUUAAUGUUGGCGACCAUGCGGGGCAAUGGGCCCGACAACGAUGAGGAACAUCUUGCUGAUGACAUGGCUGCAUCCAACAUCAUACGGGAUUUGCUCUAUCAAGGCGCCGAUAUCGACGCCCAGAGCGAAAAAGAUGGCGAGACCGCGUUACAUCUGGCGGCUCGAUUUUCUCGGCCGGAUGUGGCCAGGCUGUUGCUGGAUAACAAUGCCGAUGUGAAUGCCAGAGAUAACGCCGGUCGGACACCGCUGCUCACGGCAGUAGCUGCAGAUUCCAUGCCCGUCUUCGCUGUUCUCAGGCAGCACCGAAAAAUCGACUGGACAGCGCGGGCCUACGACGGCACCACGGCGUUGAUCAUUGCAGUCCGCCUCGAAAGCAACGAUAUGCUGGACGAGUUGUUGAAGAUCGAGCACAUUGACAUUAACGCCGCGGACGAUAACAAACGCACGGCGCUGCACUGGGCCGCCUCCGUUAACAAUCACCAAGGCUGCAAACAGCUGCUGUACAAGAACGCCAAAGUCGACGUCCAGGACGAGAACGGCCAGACGCCGCUGUAUCUGGCCGCCAAAGAGGGCAGUCACGAGACGGCCCAACUGCUACUGGAUCACAAAGCCAGUCCGGAGCUGACGGACGACAUGGAGAAGACGCCGCGGGAUAUCGCCCAGGAGCGACACCACUUCAAGGUCGUCGAACUGCUCGACUCGCACAAGGAGAUCGCGCUCAGUCCGCCCCAGAAUUUCCAAAAGAAUAUCUUCGGACACUACCAUUCGCUCAAUCUGGCCACCGUGGUGAAAUAUACGCAUCCGAAGGGCGUGGGCCGGAAGGGUUUCGGCACGACCCUCAUGCAGCAUCCCGACACGGGGAAGCGGAUGAAGCGUGCCCCCCUGGACCUCUCCCUGGUCCAGCCCCCGCCGCACUACCACGAUGCGGCGUUGUACGGCGCCACCGGCGGACACUUUGCGCCGGAGAUGAACUGGAAAGGCGCCGCGAAUCUCGGGCACUCCAUUCCGGAUCUGAAGCACGAAUUCUACGGACAGCCCGGUCCGAUGAAUGUCAAAUACCCGCCGCAUCUCAUGCAUGCCCAUAACAGCGUGCCCAUGACAGGCUACAAUAAAUACUCAACGCCGGUUAAUGCCAAUGAAGGCUACCUGAAUUCCAGUCCGGAAUCACCCGGCCACUGGUCCAGCUCACCGGCGUCCUCUGACUGGUCGGACGGCAUGCAGAGUCCGCAGUCGCGCCUGGCUCAACAGUCGAUGGUGGCUUCGACGGCCUCCAACCCCGCCUACUUUAUAACGGCCAACGGGAUGCCGGCCGAUUCUCAGCCGCUGAAUUAUCUCUGAAUUAAUUGUUAUUGCGUCGUCGCGUCGUUGUUGUUGCCUUCUGAAGUGUUUGCAUGGCGGAUCAAAUUUUUAAUUUUUAGCAGUGAUUUCGGUUGAAUCCCUCCAGUGUUGAAGUGGCCGUUGCAUCGGAUAUUUUGACUCUGCAUUGUGUAUUAUACUGGCAAUAAUCUGUAUAUAGAAGAAUAGAAUUUAUACUGAAUUUUCAGCCUUCAGUUUUUUUAGCUUUGCGGGAAUUUUUAAUCUCUUUUUGUGGGGAGCGAAGUGAUGCGCGGUGUUAAUUUUUUAAAGCGGUUGGAUCUGGUAAAGGAACGUUGUAUUAAGGUUGAUGCGGUUUUUCUUUGCUGUAUUUUUGGAGUCUACCUAGUGAAUUCAAUAAAUUCUGAUAACAAUUG